CUGUUAAGUGACGUAAUCGGCCAUGAAAAAUUCGGGACGGCGAUAAGUGGAGUGAAUUUUCAUGAUUUUCUGGCUCAAAACUCUGUGAAAUUGUUUCAAAAACACUGGCAUUUCUUUCCCACGAGUGCAUACAACUAGUCGAAGAUGGUGGACAAAUUUAUAAGCAUGUGGAAAGUGCGAGAACUCGCUGACAAAGUGACGAAUGUGGUGAUGAAUUACACGGAGAUCGAGGGAAAAGUGCGCGAGGCCACAAAUGAUGAACCGUGGGGCCCAACGGGGCCCCUCAUGCAGGAGCUCGCCCAUGCCACCUUCACGUACGAACACUUCCCCGAGGUGAUGUCGAUGCUGUGGAAGCGGAUGUUGCAGGACAAUAAACAGAACUGGAGGAGAACUUACAAGAGUCUCCUUCUUCUCAACUAUCUCGUGAGAAAUGGGUCUGAGCGCGUGGUGACAUCGGCUCGGGAGCACAUUUAUGACCUGCGGUCACUGGAGAAUUACUCAUUCAUGGAUGAGAAUGGCAAGGAUCAGGGCAUCAAUGUGCGGCACAAGGUUCGUGAGCUGAUUGACUUCAUUCAAGAUGACGAUAAAGUGCGCGAUGAACGGAAGAAGGCGAAGAAGAACAAGGACAAGUACAUUGGCAUGAGCUCAGACGCGAUGGGUGGACGCUUCGGUGGCUACAGCGAUAAAUACAACGAUUCACGAUAUGAUGACAGAAAUUGGUAUUCAGAAUCAUCUCGAGGCGGUAAUAAUUAUGAGGAUGAAUAUCCAUAUGAUGGAGAGAAAGAGGAUUCUGACCACGAAUCUGGUUACAAUUCGUCAGCAAGGCGUUAUUACGACAAGGAACGCACGAGUCCAUCGCGCACGACGCCAACAGGCACGGCGUCAUCGUCGAGUGUGGAGGUGAAGAAGCAAUCAAAUCCCAUUUCUGUCAAGUCACCCACGAAGCAACAGCCGGCGACGAAGCCCAGUAAAAAGAUCGAUAUGGGCGCGGCGGCGAAUUUUGGCAAAUCUUCGGAAUUGGGCAUCAAUUCACCGACCCAUAAAUCCAGUCACGAUGAGGAUCUCUUCUCGCCCAAUAACAACACUGCGGCGGCGACAAAGGGUGGUGACUUGCUGGAGGAUUUGUUCAGAACGUGUCCACCGGCACAGAGCAAACCGACUUCCGUGGACAGUGUCAGUCUCGGGGAUGAAUUCAAUCCACGUGCUGAUGAUAAUCAGGAGUUUGGUGACUUUGCCAGUGCUUUUGGCGGUGAGAAUGCACCGAAACCUGCUGUGGUGAAGAAGGAAGAUGAGUUUGCGGACUUUUCGUCAGCCUUCCUGGGGGCGGAGGUGCCACCAGCGCCCGUGUCUGCCAAUGCAAACAAUCUCCUGCUCACCAACGCUCCGUUGGCGUCCAAUGACUUUGGAGGACCAUCGCCCACAAUCAACAUGUUCGGCAGUGCAAUUCCAGUGCAGACGCAGGCGCCGGCUCAGGAUCUGCUGUCCGACUUCAGUGGAUUGCAGCUGAACACAACACCACUCAAUGUUGACGGAGGCAAAAGCCACACGGCGUUCGAGGAGAAUAUGCGGAAAUUGUCGCGGAGAUUGAACACUGUGGAGAGGAUUGCCAGUGAGCGAGAGGAGAAGGAAGUCACGGAGUUGCUGAGGAGGAUUUUGAACGACAUUCCAUACUGUGGCGUCAUUCAGGAGCUGAUGAGCGGGGAGAGGAAUUUGAGGGUGUUUGCAGAUGAAUAUGCGGAGCUUCUGAAGAGUCUCUUUGCUGUCGUCAAAGACAAUGCUAGUGAGACUGUGGAGGAAUUCUUCCUGAUUCACACCAAUUGUGACUUUGUCACUGAAUCCAUGGAGAUUUUGUUGAAUGGCGAAUCCCUGAAGGCGAAUGCAAAUCUUGCAGUGAGAAUAUUAGAGCGUAUGAUGGAGAAUGAAGAGAUUUUCUGGGCAGCUUUCAUUGAUAUGAGUAUCUCAGUGUCGUGCGAAGAGGAAAAUCCCCUACAAAAGUUAGAUAAGCAGUCGUCAAUGCAGAGAUUCAUCCAAUUAGUCGUGAGUGUGCCUGAAAGGUUGGCAAAUUGCCUGCAAGGUUGUGUUCCAGAAGUGUUCACACGACAAAUCUGGAGCCAAAAACUCACUGUGCGCGUUCUCUUGGCACUGUAUUCAGUGGGAAGAAUCAAUGAUUUGGAAGACAGGCAAGUCUUUUCAACGAUAUUCCUCGGAAAGCUCUUCAGUCGAGUCAUUGUUGACUUCAAUUUUGAUAAAACAUCCAUGGCAUUGAUAGAGAGUGUGAGAUUUUUGGGUGGAAUCGCUGGUGAAAAGGACUCAAUGCGAAGGACAGUGAAUGAGUUUAUUGGCAAUCUGACGAGAAAUGCCACAGAAAUCUAUGCGAUGAUCUUGCUUGAAAAUGGAUGGAAUAUCAACGGUAUUCUGGGAGAUAUUUUGCUACAAUCGGAGCAUUGGAGAUUUGCUCUUUUGACAAAAAUACCUCUUUUCACCAUGACAAAGUCUUCGUGUGUUGUCAAAAAUCUCGUGACCUUCUUGGCAGAUGUUUCUGAUGGCGAAGAGCAUCGCUUCCUGCAGGAUUUACUGGAGAAAGUCCUAAAUUCCUGGUCAAAUAAGUUUAGCAUUGAGAAUACUUCAAUUGAGCAACAUAUUUAUAUCACAAAAUUCAUAAUUUUGAGUGUGUUGCACAUGAAGAGAAUGGAGAAAUAUCAACUGAAGGAGGAUUCAGUGUUUCUAAAUGCAAUCAAGAAGAAGCUUUAUGAGGGAAUUCCUCAUCAUCUGCAAGCGAUGGAUCCAAAUAUGAGAGCUAUUGGAAUGAUUACGGCUGAAAUGGUCCUCAAUGAGAUCGAGAAUAUCGAUGAAGAGACAAAAUUGAACUUUGAAGUUGAGAAAAUGCAGAAAAUCGAUGUGAAUUUGAUAGGAGAACUCAGAAAAUUGGCUGAUUUAUCUUCGGAAGAUCAAUUUUCAACCCUUGAUGUUGCAAAAGUGAUCAUGAAGAUCGAAAAUGGAGGUGAAAACACUGUGGAAAUCGUAAAAGAAGUCGCUCCAAAGCAGAAAGUUCCGGAAAUUGCAGUGAAAGUGCCAGAAAAGAUUGAUGAAGAUGAUUUGGACUCGGAUGACGAUCUUAUUGCCUAUGACAUGAGCAAUGAUGUGCCGCUGAAGGAGACACAAGCUCCAAAGUACUUGUUGGAUCUUCAAGAUGCUCUUGGAGAUUCAGAGAAUGCGGAUCGUUUUGAGCAGAGUUUGGCCGUUGCUACAGAUCUAAUUUAUCGUCAGUUGCCAGACAAUGAAGUGCAGUUGGGAAUUAAUCUUCUCCAGAUGCUCUUGAAUCUCGAGGAGAAGACUUAUUGUGAGAAUUUCGAGGGAAAUCGCUUUUCCGCAUGUGUUGCCAUUUGCUGUGUCAUUCCGAAGGAAGCUGCUGAUCAUGUGUGCAAGGAAUUCUACUCGAAACAGUCAAAUUAUUCGAUCAGCAAUCGAAUUCUGAUGUUGGAAAUUCUUGGAGAAACAGCAAAGGAGCUCUCAAAGAUUCAGAAGACGGAGAAACAUCUGAAAUUGAGUGAAAAUCGUCACGAUGAUGAAAAUAUUGUGAGAAAAUUCACUGUUAACGAACCAGAUUCACUGAAGGAAGCUCGAGAGGUGAUUCAGAAGCGGAUUCUUGCCAAAACUCGUCGAUUUGCUUCGAAAACUCAGAGUCCUGCUGAAUUGGGGUCGAUUAAUCGCUUUGCUGGAGUCGCUGGAUACUUCUUCUGGCCACUUUUGCAUGGAUUCGGUCGAGAUCAGCUGAUUAUGGAGGCUCAGGCGAAGCUGAAGCUUGACACAGACAAUGUUCUCUUGACCGCCUUCAUCAAAACCUUGUCUGUUCUCAUGGUGUCAGCGCAGAAUUGUCCGGGCAUUCAGAGAUUUGCGAAGGAAUUGUUUGCUUUGGGAGCUGUUUUACGCUUCCACGCCGAUGCUGGAGUACGAUUGGCUGUUUUCCAGAUGAUUGGAUCAAUUCUAAUGACGGUGUCUGUGGAAAUGCUGCAGAGGGAGUUUCAAGAGUAUCUUCUGGAGCUCAUCAACUGGCUCACGGAACGUGUUGGGAACAAUGUGGUGAAAAAGGAUCCGGAUGAGGAGUGCAAAAACCUCGCCAGACACUUGCUUGUCUUCUGCACAAAUGUCUUGAAGGAGCUUAAUUGAGAGUUUUGCAUUGAAUUUAUAUUUUCUUACUGUUGAAGUUACUAAGAUAAGAAAACGAUCUCGAACAAUACUGAUAAGAGCUUGAAAUAAUGUAGAGUUUUUAGAUAAAAUAAAGAUAAAUUCAAUCUGAAGCACGCAAAGAUGAGAAAUUCAGUGAGAAAUCCAAGGCAGAA